CCCUCUCUCGGUAGACAUAAUUAUAUUGUCUACUCCCCACUUCCUCUUUAAUUCAUUUUAACCUAUGAAUUUCGUCCCGAUUCUAUUCUGUGCUAGUUAACUUUGGACUCAUUUCGACUGGAAUUCCUGUUGGAAUAAACGUGAAGAUGACUUCUUUGUAUCUACGCAACGUGCCAAGGAUUCUAUCCCAGGCAAGUGCAAAGCAAUAUCAGUGUUUAUAUGCUGCCCAGGGCGCCAGGAAUUUCCACAGCACUGCAUCCAACAACAACACAACAGGGGCCAUUGAAAGGCCAGACACCCGUACCAAAUGCACCUUGAUACCUGGUGAUGGUGUAGGACCAGAACUCCUGAAUUCUGUUAUUGAAGUGUUCAGGGCAGCCUCUGUGCCAGUUGACUUUGAGACCUAUUUCUUCUCUGAAGUCAACCCUACCCUGAGCGCGCCCUUAAAUGAUGUAGUUGCUUCAAUAUCGCGCAACAGAGUGUGCUUGAAGGGAAUCCUUGCUUCCCCUGACGCCAGUUACUCCGGAGAAUUGCAGACCCUUAACAUGAAGUUGAGGACAUCUCUGGACCUGUACGCCAAUGUGGUGCACGUGAAAUCGCUGCCAGGUGUGAAGACCAGACAUGAGAACAUCGAUUGCGUUAUUAUUCGCGAACAGACUGAGGGCGAGUAUUCUGCUUUGGAGCACGAGAGCGUCACCGGCGUCGUGGAAUGCCUGAAAAUCGUGACGGCCAAGAAGUCCGAGCGCAUCGCCAAAUUUGCGUUCGACUACGCCACCAAGAACAACAGGAAGAAGGUGACUGCCGUUCACAAGGCAAACAUCAUGAAACUGGGAGACGGUUUGUUCCUGAGGAGCUGCGAAGAAAUCGCCAAGCUGUACCCAAAAAUUGAAUUUGAGAAGAUGAUUGUCGACAAUUGUACCAUGCAGAUGGUUUCCAAACCUCAGCAGUUCGACGUUAUGGUGAUGCCGAAUCUGUACGGAAAUAUCGUGGACAAUAUUGGAUCGGGGCUGGUGGGUGGAGCCGGUGUUGUCUCUGGCGCCUCCUACUCCGCCGACACCGUCGUCUUUGAGCCUGGUGCGAGGCAUACCUUCUCGGAGGCCGUCGGAAAGAACGUCGCCAAUCCCACCGCGAUGUUGCUCUGCUCUGCUAAAUUGCUGAAUCACAUCAACUUGGGCGCCUAUGGCAGCAUGAUCAGGAACUCUGUUGAUCAGGUACUGAAGGACGCCAAGGUGCGCACUAAGGAUAUUGGUGGCCAAGCUAGCACCCAAGAGUUCACCAGGGCAAUCAUCGCCAACCUGAAGCCAAUCAAUUGAUGAUACACGUUAAUCUUCGUUCGUGUUUGUUGCUUCUAAUCGAGUGCCCCAGUAUUUUAAUUUAUUAUUUAUGUAAAUAAACAGGACAAAGAUAAUUAUAAAAGGUUUACCCAAUCGACUAACGAAA